CCUCACUCACUAUCACAAUGAGCUGGCCACCACACACCCGCCCUAUCACAUCUUCUUCAGUUCUUCUCUUUGAAAUUUGUUCACUUUUGUUGAAACCCUCCAAAUAAAUAUAAUACGCAAAUCCAAAAUAAAUUCACAUAUUAAUUUCUGUAUAUACAUCUAUUUAUACUUAUAUAAUAAUAAUAAAAUUAUUAUAUGGAGAUGAGUAUGUCAGAUGAGUUUCUGGGGACGGUGGCCCCUUUAGUUGUAUACUGGGUGUAUUCGGGAUUUUAUAUGUUGUUUUUUGGAUCGGGCGAGAAAUAUCGAUUGCACACUAAAAAAGACGAAGACGAGAAGAAUCUGGUCUCCAAAUCUACUGUUGUGAAAGGCGUCCUCCUUCAGCAGGCCAUUCAGGCUGUGGUGGCCAUCAUCCUCUUCACUGUGACAGGUGAGGAUGCAAAUAGUGCCACCGGUAAACAGCACUCUCUAUUUGAUCUCGGCAGACAGUUGUUGACAGCUAUGGUGGUUUUAGAUACUUGGCAGUAUUUUAUGCAUCGCUACAUGCAUCAAAACAAGUUCCUGUACCGCCAUCUCCAUUCUCAGCAUCACCGCCUGGUCGUCCCGUAUGCUUUUGGAGCUCUUUACAACCAUCCGUUGGAGGGGCUCUUAAUGGACACCGUUGGCGGAGCUUUGGCUUUUCUUCUCUCAGGCAUGUCCCCUCGAUUCUCUAUCUUCUUUUUCUCCUUUGCUACCAUCAAAACCGUCGAUGAUCAUUGCGGGUUAUGGCUUCCCUGGAAUCUUUUCCAAAUCUUGUUCACAAACAAUUCCGCAUACCAUGAUGUACACCACCAGCUUUAUGGCACCAAAUUUAAUUACUCCCAGCCUUUCUUUGCUGUGUGGGAUAAAAUUCUUGGGACUCAUAUGCCCUUUUCACUUGAAAAGCGAGAGGCCGGCGGUUUUCAAGUAAGACCUAUUAAAGUUGUCAAGGAUAAUUGAUUAGAUUCACUUCUUUUCUUUUCUAGGUUUAUAGGAUAUGUAUCGUUAUGUCCGCAUACUUUCUUUAUUUGUCGCACCAUGUAUUAUAUAGUGUGUUCAAAGAUAAUUAUUUUCUCUAUUUGAGGCCAUGUAAAUUGAGUUAAAACCCUUGUUUGUAACAUUGGCAUUACAUUUAUUGGAAUUUUUUUGCAUAUUA